AGCAAUCCAAAGGAUUAUCAGCAUUGCUUUGCUUGUUUUGGUCUCUUUAAACGCAAGUUUUUGUGGAAGCAUGCAAAACGCUGCACACUUUUAAGAAAUGUUACAGAAAAAAUUCCUGGAAAAACUCGAAUACAGACGCUAUGUGCUAAUGCACAACCUGUUUCUAAACAGGUAAAUAACCAAGUGUGGAAACUUGUUAACCACAUGACACAAGAUGAAGUUGCAAUAGCAGUAAAAUCUGAUGAGUAUAUCUUAAAAGUAGGAGAAAAAAUGUACAACCGGCAGCGUGAAAAUGCCUCCCACCAUGAAAAUGUUCGACAGACGAUGCGAGGACUAGGAAGACUCUUAAUCCAAGGAAGGAAGGUGACCCCUCUCAAGCAAAUGAAAGAUUAUAUUCUUCCACAAAACUUUCACCAUGUUGUUCAAGCUGUUAAAGACGUUGCAGGAUUCAAUGAAAAAUUGAACAAGUUUCAGAAACCCACACUAGCCACAAAGCUAGGACAAAGUAUACAGCGAGUGGCAGAUAUCAUGGAGGCAGAAGCUCUCUCGUGUCAGAACAAUGUAAAGAAACGGGCUGUACAGGAGUUCAGACGGAUAUACAGUCUGACUUGGAACGACAUGAUCUCCUCUGCUGCAUACCGUACUGUGGAAGAAAAAAAAUGGAACAAAGCCAAGUUAAUUCCUUUGGCAGAUGAUGUGAAAAAAAUGCAUAUGUGCAUAAGUGACAGACAGGGAAAAUGCUACAAAAAGUUGAUGGAGGAGAAAACCUCAGCAAACUGGAGCAAUCUAGCUAAAGUGCUACUAGCACAGAUUAUUCUUUUCAAUCGCAGAAGAGAAGGGGAGGUAUCGAAGAUGUCUUUGGAAGCGUUUGUCAACAGGGACAAAUCCCCUGUUAAUGAAGAUGUUACUGAAGCACUGUCAGAGUUGGAGAAAAAGCUAUGUCAUCAUUUUGAACGUGUGGAAAUUCGAGGGAAACGGGGCAGGAAGGUUCCUAUUAUCCUUACUCCAGACAUGGUGGAAUCUCUGGAGCUCCUUGUAAAAGAGAGGGGCUCAUGUGGAGUUGGUGAGAACUCCUACUUUUUUGCCAGGCCAGGGUUUGAAACAAGACUUAGAGGGUCUGACUGCAUUCGUGAGUUGGCUAAAAGCUGUGGGGCCCAAAAACCUGAAGCACUCUCUUCCACAAAACUGAGAAAACAAGUGGCCACUCUGUCCCAAGUGCUGAAUCUAAAUGACACAGAGCAAGAUCUUCUAGCAGACUUUCUGGGACAUGAUAUAAGAGUUCACAGAAAGUUCUACCGACUCCCAGAAGGGACUUUGCAGUUGGCCAAAAUCAGUAAGGUACUAAUGGCCUGUGAACAAGGCAGACUUGCUGAAUUUAAAGGCAAAAGUCUGGACCAAAUAAGUAUCAGCCCCAAAGACACAUCUGAAGUUGGAGAAGAGAGCUCAGGGGAGGAAUCAGAAGAUACACAGGGGAAAUCUCUUUCAGGUAUGUAUGCAUUUAAAAUUGAUUUGAUUGUUUUUGAUUCAGCAAUUCAACAGUUCUGCUUCAAUCAUUAGUUUUGUGCACGUAAAGGCUUUGACACAUUAACACCAACACGGUGCCCACAGGGACCCUGUCGCCCAAGGAGCAUGUUCUAAAAAAUAGCAUUCAUUAUCAAGCAAGCAGCCAGCUACUAGUCCAUGGA